CAAAGGGAUGAAAUUCAGAAAAUCAAACCCUUACAAAGGGUAACGUCGAUUUUUCAGAAGUCAAUCUUAGCAGGACCUAUACCAAACCAAAAUCCUUAAUAGUGACAACGAUUUCACAGUCAAAAAUUAAAAACCCUUUUCCUAUUGUUUUCACUAUCUGCUCUCUUCAUCUUCACAUACACCUUCUACUUUUCCUCACCAUUUGCCACUCUUUUGCUACCAUCAUUACAAGGUUUGUCUGGCUGAAGAACAGAAACUAAACUUUGGAACCCAAAUAAUGUCUUCUGAUUCUGUUCUUCCUCUCCUUGAAACCCCCAUCAUUGUGGGGUUUGGUGGGGUUGGGGUGGAUUUUCUGGCAGUAGUGCCAGUUUUUCCUAAACCUGAUGCCAAGAUCAGAACCACUGAAUUCAAGGUCCAAGGUGGUGGAAACACUGGAAAUACUAUGACAUGUGCUGCCCGUUUGGGCUUAAAGCCAAGAAUAAUUUCUAAGGUUUCAAAUGAUGCUCCGGGUAAGAGUAUGAUGGAGGAACUAGAGGCUGAAGGGGUGGAUACCUCUUUUUUAGUGGUCUCGGAGGAAGGGACUUCACCCUUUAGCUACAUCAUUGUUGACAGCCAAACGAAAACAAGGACAUGUAUAUUCACCCCAGGAUACCCUCCAAUGGUUCCAGCUGAUCUUCCAAAAGCCAAUUUGUUGUCUGCACUGGAUGGAGCAAGAGUGGUCUAUUUUGAUGCAAGGAUGACUGACAGUGCUCUUGUCAUUGCUCAAGAGGCAUUUCGCCAGAAUAUAUCUAUCUUGAUUGAUGCUGAAAGGCCUAGGGAAGGGUUGAACGACCUCCUUGGAUUGGCUGAUUAUGUUGUAUGUUCUGAAAAUUUUCCAAAGGCCUGGACAGAGGCAUCAUCUAUUCCAAGAGCACUACUUUCAAUUAUUUUAAGGUUGCCAAGACUUAAAUUUGCAAUUGUAACUUUGGGAAAAGAAGGCUGCAUAAUGCUUGAGAAGUGUGUAGAUGAUGAGAGUUCUCAUGUAGAAGAGAUGGAUGUUGACACCUGUUUAACAUCAUUAACAAAAACAAAGGACGAUAGCACAGCCAUGCCAACCUGCAUAGCCUCGCCAGUUACAAAAUUAAUAGCUGAAGGGAUAGGAUCUGUGUGUGGGAGGUUAUAUUUUGGGACAACUGAAAAGAUUCCACCAUCAGAGCUUAUUGAUACAACAGGUGCCGGGGAUGCAUUUACAGGAGCUGUUUUAUAUGCGAUCUGUGCCAACUUGCCACCAAAAAAAAUGUUGCCUUUUGCUUCUUAUGUGGCAGCUGCCAAAUGUAGAGCCCUUGGAGCUCGUGCUGGCCUUCCAUACCGCACCAAUCCAUACCUGACAUCUUUUACUGAGAGUAUAGUAUAGAGUCCUAAACAGUUCAUCUAAAUCCUAGAUUAAUCAUGCAAGAAACAAGGCUUCAGUGUAGGAAUUUUUCUGCUGUCUUCCAGUUUAUAAUUAAUCAUGCAGCUCAAAUGUUUGUGUUUGUAUGUCUUAGUGUAGCUAAUUGUAACUUAAAUUGUAUAGAUGUUGAUAAAAAUGUGUGUCAAGUUCCAAGUUACUAAGAUCUACUUUUUGCAAUAAAGUGUAUUUCUCUAUCAA